AUGGCAGAGAUAUUACAGCCAACCCCUGCGGAAUUUCAGGCAAAGCACGUUGUUUACUGUGGUGUUUGCACCUUACCUGCAGAGUACUGUGAAUUUGGUGGGACAGCAAAAAAGUGUGAGGAAUGGGUCAAAGAUAAUCACCCGGAUGUCUACCAACAGCUAUAUUCCGAAGAGGCUCUUAGUUCCAACCUGUCCAAUCUAUCGGUAUCGGUCCGGGAACGUGCAGCCAAAGACGCCGCAAAGAAGGAGGCAAAGGCUGCUUUGGCAGAGGCUCGGGACGCCGAGCGCAAAGCGGCCUCUAAAGUCCACAUUAAACGAGUCGAGCGCAACAAACGCAAGCAUGUCAGCGUGAUCACCGGUCUAGAGGUAUACGGUCUAGAGAACAAGAAGGUAGCCAAGGAGCUCGGCAAGAAGUUUGCGACCGGUUCUUCGGUGACUAAAUCUGCUGCCGGCACCGAGGAGAUCACGGUGCAGGGUGAUGUGAGCGACGACGUCAAAGAUUGGUUGUUGGAAGUGUACGGGAAGGAAAUUCCAGAAGCGAAUAUUGAGAUCAUUGAGGACAAAAAGAAGAAG